AUGAGACCUGGUCUGGCCAUUAUUUAGGUUGGAAAUAAUCCAUCAUCUUUAACAUAUGUUCGUAAGAAGAUUGCUCUUUGUGAAGAGAAUGAAGUACAUCAUGAACUCCAUCAUUUCCCAGAGAGCAUAUCUCAGCAAGAGAUUGUUCAUUAAAUUAGAACUUUAAAUUAGUAAGGAUCCAUUGAUGGAAUCCUUGUUCAAGUAUGUCCUAUAAUUAUAUAAAGCUUCCUUUGCCACCUCAUUUAUCAAGAUUAGAAAUUUCUAAUGAAAUUAAACCAAGUAAAGAUGUAGAUUGUUUACACAUGGCCAAUUUUCAAAAUCUUCUUCAAAAUGGGGAGGAUAACGACAUAAUACCUUGUACACCAGCUGCAGUGCUUCACAUCUUGGACUCCUAGGAAAUAGAUGUGAGAAAUCAAAAUGUUACUGUGAUUGGUAGAAGUCAGUUAGUUGGAUUCCCAUUAUCAGUAUUGCUUCUUAGAAGAAAUGCAAAAGUCACUAUUUGUCAUUCCGAAACCACUGUCUAAGAACAUGUAGAAAAAGUAUAUAUAUGUAUAAAUCAUUCAUUAGGCAGACAUUGUGAUUUCAUGUGCAGGUCAUAAAGAAUUGGUCAAAGGAGAAUGGAUCAAAAAUGGGGCAAAAGUUAUUGAUGUUGGAAUUACUAGGAUUCCAGGAACCAAUAAAAUUGUAGGAGAUAUUGAAUUUCAUAAAGUUUAAAAUAUUCCUUUAUUUUAGGCUCUGACUAAAGUCAGUUUCAUUACACCUGUCCCAGGGGGAGUUGGUCCUUUGACUGUUUCUAUGUUAUUUAAAAAUCUAUAUCGAGUUUGGUGUCGAUCCAAUGGAUUACAGCUUAAUAUUGAUGAAUAAGAUGAAGAAUUGGAUUAUGCUUAAAACUACUAAUUCUGA